GGGUAAACUGUGCGUCUUAAGAGGCUCCGGGAAUAGUUAAUAAUUCAUAUAUAAAAGGCUCGGGCGCAGAGAAGGCAUCGAUCGAGGUCGAACAGCAUCUACUCGUACAGGAAUUUGCGGAAGUUAAGGAGUCCAACACAAUGUCUCCCGCAUCACCCGUCGCCGGCUUACUGCGUGCCCGACUGUCUGUGACAGUCUGUGUACUCGGAGCCCUCUUCCUUCAGGCAUUGACUGCCGAGGCCCGGACAGGUUCAUUCGACCCCCUCGAGUCGACCAUCGACAGCGUACGGGCUGCGCUGCUUGCGAAUUCGACCACCUGCCGGAACGUGGUGUCCUCAUUCCUUGCUCGUAUUGACGAGUUCAACCCGACUAUCAAUGCUCUUGUCAGUUACAACCCGGAUGCCCUCGCGGCCGCCGACGCGCUGGACAAAAGACUUGCGGCUGGCAAUGUAACGGGGAAAUUGUUUUGCGUUCCGAUCCUGCUGAAGGAUAACUUCGAUGCCGUGGGAACAAACACGACUGGGUCGAGUGCUGCUCUGGCUGGGAACCGUCCAACCGUAGACACUCCUUCUGUGAAGGCCUUCAAAGACGAGGGCGCUAUUAUCCUAGGCAAGACUAAUAUGCACGAAAUGGCACUGGAGGGUCUUUCUGUUUCCUCGCUAGGGGGGCAGACCAUUAAUCCGUACGAUCAAACCCGGACCCCGGGGGGUAGCAGCGGGGGCACCGGUGCUGCCAUCGCAACGAGUUUCGCAGUAUUCGGUACGGGUACGGACGCUGUCAAUAGUCUUCGUAGUCCUGCAAGCGCAAACAACCUCGUGAGCGUACGGCCGAGCCGCGGGCUAGUAUCGAGAGCGGGCGUCUUACCCAUCAGCUUCACGCAAGACAGCAUUGGCCCCAUUGCGAGGAACAUCCCGGAUCUUGCCGUCGCUCUGACAGUUAUGGCGAGCGUUGGGCCCGACGAAGCCGACAACGCCACCCUCUUCGUACCUCCCGAGGCCAGGAAUAUAGAUUAUACGCAGGGGCUAAGUGACGGGAGCCUAGAAGGGCUCCGGAUCGGGCUUCUCAACGGAUUCUUCAACCACACACCGUCCUACGAGACGACUCCCGUAAUCGAGGCUCUACAAGAGACUAUCGAGUUCCUAAAGUCUCAAGGGGUUGAGAUCAUCAAUGUGACAGAAUCGAUAUACGACACGUCAGCCCUCGCUAAACUUGACGUUCAGCGAUGGGAAGGCAAAGAGGCGGUGAAUACCUACCUCUCUACUCCUAGCCUUACCGGGGAUAGGCCGACUACCUUUGACGAAGUGUAUAGCGGUGGGAAAUUCUUGGUUAUCCCGGCCCAGUACAAUUUCAUAAAAAAUCUUCAGAACUCGUCGGUCCUUGACCCGGAAUACGCAAUAUCUUUGCAGGGAAUCGAGAGCCUCAAGGCGUCUGUCAACGCGACCUUCGUUAGCAACCAACUGGAUGCUGUCAUUUACCCCGAGCAGAAGAAUUUGGUGGUCAAACUUGGCUCGCCGUCCCAAGCCGGACGUAAUGGCAUCCUCGCCGCGUUGACGGGGGUUCCGGUCGUUACCGUGCCGGUUGGCUUCUCGACACCGUCGCAGGAUGCCCCAAUCGGCGUCCCUAUCGGGAUGGAGAUACUGGGACUUCCGUUCACCGAGAGCAAGCUGUUGAACAUUGCUAGCCACUUCACUCGUCUUCGUCCACUACGCAAAGCGCCGGCAUUCGCGGAUCAGAGCGUCUCGGUCGGAUUAUAUGGCUCGAUGCCUCUGAUGCGGCCGAACAGCUCCAACAUUCCUCCGGCAUAUCCUAUGGGGGUUCUAUCGUAGAAGGGGCUGGAUAUCAGUGAGAAGAGAUUGGCAUUGACUUCCUGUAUGUCUAGUUAUUACUGUCGCGGCUAACCUUUAUUCACCGCGCUUCAUAAAUUCCCGAGAUGAUGAAACCCCCCAGAUACCACCUACGGGGCAUGUUUUUUUUUUGUAUUGGGAGGGAUUGGGGCUAGGUAUUAAAUAGACAGCUAGAUCUGCCCCAGGGAUUGGAAGAAUCACCGUUUCUCUGGCGUCUCACUGCAUCAUGCCGAGAAGGGCCUG